AAAGACUGGACCUCUCUUCCAAUCCAGACAAAAGGAAGGGCAUCGGAUCCGCGGCGGCGCGCGCUGAGUCGAGCAUCUGAGCACCUUGGAGACGCCACCGGGUUCUGAUACGACGCGCAAGAACGCACCGGCACACCGACGCACACGCCCUCCCAGAUCUACCUGCAAACCUCUAGGAAGGUUAAUUGUCUUGUUUCAAAGCCAAGGCAAGGUACUGUGAGCCCCGGUUCAGUCGCAGCCAGAACACCGUGUUCCCAUGAUGUCAUACCUGUGGAUUCUGCUAUUAGGAAGCCUGCUGGCCGCGAGCGCCAAGGCACAAGGUAAUGAUUUAUUCUCCAAUUAAUUCAAGCCAGUCUGCAAUUUAAUGCAGAUCAGUUCUGCUCAUUUGCAUGCACGACGGAUCUAUCUAUCUAUCUAUCUAUCUAUCUAUCUAUCUGUCUGUCUGUCUGUCUGUCUGUCUAUUUAUCUGUCUGUCUGUCUAUCUAUUUAUCUCUCUGUCUGUCUGUUAUAUCAUAUCCCUCAUGGCUCUCUUCACCUAUCUCCCUCUCCCUCUUUUUCCUCCUCUUCCUCUGCCAUGCCAGCCUUCCUCACAUCACCCAUCUAUACAUGUCUGUGUCUGUGGGAGUGUAAUUGCCAGUCUGUCUGCCUCCCUGUCGGCAUGUCAAUCUUACUCACCUUUAGCUGUGCUCUGUUCAUUUUAAUCUGUUCUGACUGACUGAAUAAAACCGCUCUGUGCUCUUCAUCCCUGCUAUGAUUGUUCAUGGAUCUGCAGCCCAGACAUUAUGAUUGAAAUACAGUAGGUGUGUCAUGUGAUGUGGCCAUAUCUUUUUGGACAUGAGUUUUUGGCCAACAAAGGGUGUGGUGAACCUCUUUGUUCUCACAUAAGUAAAUUCCCCCCUUUUUUGAUUUCUUUCUAUCCCCUUUUUCCGUCUCCUUUUGUGCAGAAUAGAUCCCAUUGCCUCCUGGAACUCAUAACCCAUUCUUCUCCUCUUUAUAUGUUCAUGCCUCAUUAUUCCCUGCUUUCUUCUCUUCCCUUCCCUUCCUUCUUCUUCUUUAGCUGGCCCAUGGGCCCCUGCCUUUCCCUGCGGCGCAUGCAACGAUUUUACUUUGUUCAAAUUAGCAGUAAAACUCAGACGGGUAGAAGGCAAAGAUUGAAAAAAAAAUGUGCACAUGCACGAGGAAAGUGGGGGAGAUGUUGGAAACAGAUAAGUGUAUCUGAGAGAAGAACAAAGACAUACAGAGAUCAUAGUGUGGCUGACAGUCAUCUUUACGCAAACAAACUUUCAGUUGAACGUUGGUGCGUUGAUAUAGAAAAUCUCACUCUACCGGUUCACUUUUUAUUACUAGAUUAACCACCACAGAGGAACCACCCCUUUAUAUAUACACACACACACACACGCAAGGGUUCCCUUCUUUUCCUUCUUGUUCCCACACACACACAUUUCCUCUCUAAUUGCUGAACUGUAACCUCGCUUUAAGCCCAGUGGAUGAUGGUGAGGCAGGAAAUCUCCAAGGGCGUGUGUGCUUGCAUGCGAGUUUGCACACUAGUUUGUAGCUAGGCUGAAAAUGAUCAUGCAUUGGGUGUCUCUUCAUGUGUGCAGACUAUGUAUGGUGUGUGUAGGUUAAAGACGCGAAGGACAGGGAGUGUCUGAGUAACUAGAUCCAGCUCCAGCUGUAGACAACACCCGACAAUGCAACUAGUUUCAGCGCCUUUUCUCCCCCUGGGCCCUCAGCAUCUGUGAGCUAGUGUGUGCGUUCAUGGGUGUGGGGUCCAACUUUAAUGUACAGAACAUGUGGGAGUAUCAGGAGUGUCCGAUUAAUGUGUAUGACUGUGUGUGUGUGUGUGUGUGUGUGUGCGUACAUCAGUGUUAUGGGCAGAUGAAAGCAAAGAGUGUUGUGUGAUGUGUACCAGGUGUGUGUGUAUGUACAGACUUGUCUCUGUUUACACCUUCAACUCCUAUCACAUAAAUCACACUUGUGGUUGAUAAGUGAAACUCAUGCACUCACAAAUACACACACACACACACACACACGCACUCACAGCCUCUCCUCUCUGCUCCCAUGGGGGCAGUUUUAAGGUGUGCAUGGCUGGAGUAAACACAGCACUUUCUGUCCUACAAACCAACAAUAGGACCGUGCCUGACGGGACAAUGCGUCGUGGAGGUGCUGUUGUAUCACCUGACAAAAACACACAUACAUACACACACAGUUGUCUGGUUUAGUGUUACGGGGAAAGGCCUGGUUAUCGGUUACACGCGCAUGCAUGUACACGCAUUAUGACUCACAAGAGGCAAUCUCACGACAGGAACCAAGGGAAAGAAAACAAAGUUCUUCUGCUUUUGUUCAAAAUGUCCUAGACUCCAAUUUACUGUGGUUCUCAUCAGAGCUGAAAGGGAAAUGAUUUAUUCCUCUGUUUUUUUUGUAAUUGCUAAAACAAAAGUUUGAAUGUGGUAUAAAAGAAAAAAAAAAGUUUAUUCUGAAAGCAAAGCUGUAUCAGAUGUCGAGUCAAGCCACUCCAUCAGUUAUGAAAACAGCAGCACCUGCAUUAAGGCCCCGAACAUCCAAGUGUGACACAUGAUUUAUGUAAAAGUUCUGUCUCCUGCGUCAUGCUCAAUUGCCUGUUGUCACAGAUGCUGUCUAACAUGAUGCAACUUGUUGGAGGCACCUGGACGUAUCACAAAUUUGUUCAUUAAACUUUGAGAAACUUUGUUUACAUUAUUUUUACCGUCUCGUAAUGUGAUAAAAAGUAAUUACAUAAUAAAGAGUAGUGUCUAAACCAGCGCUGUGUGAAAACAGCCUGGAGAUAUUUCUACUUAUAAUUCAGUGCUACAUAAAUAAACUGCCGUGACUUGACCCGACAUGUUCAUGCCAUUUCAAAGCCUUGCUUGCUCAAACAGAAAAAUCAGGAAAAUGAAUAUUAAUGUUAAUUUUCAUAAAGUAAGAGUCAAAAUCAGUUCAUUCCCACGUGCUCCUCUUUGCACCUAUAGCUUUUCUGCCUAUAUCCAGUAUGUAGGUUGAAGCUGUUUCUACUUUUUUCAAGUUACAAAUUCACCCAAAGUUAAACCCAUGUGGCAGUUUGCUCAGUCAGUAAAUUUGUAGGAACAUGUUAUGCUUGUGAUUUUUGCCCACACAUACAGCUGGAGGAAUGAUUGACUCGGGAGUUAGUCAUUUUGUCCAUGGCAUAAUUGAAAAAAUAAGCAUUUUGGCAUCUUUUCAGAGGAGCAUGGGAAGACUGAAACCCCCUAAAUGCCUUUGCUGUCAAUAUGAUGACACAGGAAGUAGCUGGUCAGUGUACUCUUCAGAAUAGCGAGCUAGCACGGCCCUGUGAAAUACGACAAAACCCACCUCUCAGCACCCCUAAAGCACUCUAAUUCUCAUUUUUGUAUCUUUAAGUAACAGUAAAGUGUAAAAACAACAAUUUAUAGUUUAAUAUAGUGCUAUAUUCUGGACUACUUUAUUGGCUCUGACCAGCAACUCUCUGUGAUGCCAGGACUGCAAGAAGUGACCUAACCUUGCCAAGAAAUAUUUGGCACCAAACGAAGUGUAACACCUUCAAAUUGGACGUAACAUUCAAAACAGGGAGGUGUUAGCGGGCGGUGUUUGUAACUGUGCCUUAAAAAAGAGCCAGGUAAGCUUUUCCCCAGUUUCAGUCUGUAUGCUGAGGUAAGCAAGUGGGUGGCUUCACCAUGUGGACCAGAUCAUUUCAUCUUGUUUUAGUGUGCUAAAAUAAGCCAGUGUUUUUGACUGUAGGUUAAAGUAGGUGAGUGGUAGGAAUCAUUGAUUAGAUUAUCACUCUUAUUGGCUUUUCUGGGUUUGUUGGCAUUAUGAAACCGUCACUGUCAUGUAUGAAGCUGCUUUCUACCAGAUCACUCAUUUCUACACCUUUUAAGAUAGACUGAGAAACCAGUUCUACUUUUGCAGAGGUAAAUAUUCUAACUCUGAAUGACAUCUUCACUGUGAUCAAGUUAAACUAUCGAGCUUGUAGUUUUCACUGUUGUUGAAGUGAACUGCUUUAUGUUUUUUUGCCCACACCCCUUUUCCAAACAUGAGGAGGGAAGAAUAUUAGAAACACAUUUCAGUGUUAUGCGGUCCAGUACAACACUAGCACUUCAACUUUAAUAAUAAAAAUGGCUGAAUAAACACCUCUUGGAAAGCUGUAACAUAAACUGGCCAUUAGAGGCUUCAUAAAGCUGGAGUAUGCGGCAGAGCUGUUGUUAGGGGUUACUUUAGAUUGUGGAUGAGAAACUAAUAAUGUGGUGAGGGUUUUUUUUUUAAUCUGUCAAACCACUUAAAUUGUUUUUUAAAGAUCACAACAUAACUGCCACUAUGAUGCUUUCCCACAUGUGUCAACUGUUUUAAGUUAAGUUUUCCUGUGGGGACCCUUUUUGCUGUUUAACUCCGCUCAUCCUGUACAGUCCCAAAGAAUCGCGUGCGGUCGUGUCAGAGACACACAGAUGACUCAUCAGCCUCAAGGGAGAGUAGUGGCAGAGAAACAAAGGGAGUAAAGAGUUUGGGGGGAGAGAAAGAAGAGAGAGGAAAGGGGGGAGGCAAACUCAAAGACAAGAAGAAAAGUAGAAGAAGGAGGGAGAGAGAGAGAGAGAGGUUUGUAUGUGCAACAAAUUGUUUCACUACUGCGCUAACACAAAACAGAACACAGCUUACUUAAUAUGUGAGAGUGAAUGUGCACAAGAACUUUACGUGCAUGUGAACAUGUGGUUGUUUGUAUACUUGGACUGAAGAGGGGAGGAGAAGGUGCUUUUACGAGGGUUGUGCACAUGCAUGUGUGUGUAUGUAUGUUGAUGGGUGUGUGUGCUGGAGGGUGGGGGGGUGGGGGUUUAUGGGAGGGUAGUGGAGGUAGUUAGAGCAGGAAGUGGCAAACUGAUAGAUGGGAACAGAAUGUUCUAUAGAGUGGCAGGAGAAAAAGAGGGAGUGUGUGUACGGUGGGCAAUGUACCUUUCCCUCUUUGUCACACACACACACACACACACACACACGCCUCAGACAUGUACAUGUAUACACACUCACACACACACACAAACACACACACUCAGAGAAGUUACAUGAGAGCCACAUGCCUUAAACACGUGUAUGCAAGCAUAAUGCCAUGAGGAAAUGUGCCCGCAUUUACAGUAAAUGAGAGCAUAAACAGAAAUGUAUAUACACACACACAUACACUUAAUCACACAAACACACAUACACACAUAAACAGUAGUCCUGCCUAAAUGUCAGCUGACAUGUGACAUUUUAACUCUAAUUAAAACAUGAUCUAAUUGGAGAGCCUUGACUAAUGGUGCUUGAACUUUAUCUUUUACUUUUCUUCUCAUCCAAGUUGAAGUCAGAUCCAAAGCUGAACUACAUCUAUUUUCUUACUAAAACGGGUGAUUUUUCAACAUACCCAUUUAAUGUUGCUGCCCUUUGAAGGCACUUUAAUCUCUAAAAGUCCUUUACAAAUCAAGUUACAUGAAGCCAACAUGCUCUGGUUGUAGUUUCUAUGUUCUAGAUGUUCUGUACAGUCAUGUGACUCUGAAAUCUCUGCAUCUAAACUAUGUUCAACUCCCUGAGUCUCUGAGCACUUUGAUAAAAACUGCCUUAGAGGAAGUCUGGUGAAAUACAAACAUCCACCCACACACAGCACACCUGCUCAUACAUGUAUUCACACAUGCAGCCCUGCUGUACAUGAAACUCUGCUGCGUGCAGUUUGAGACAGUGUCAUUUACUGGAAAAAUGAGGAAUCUGGAGAAACAAAGAACGCUUGUCUUUCUUUUGCCAUGUCAUGUGAACAAGUGCAUGUGGUGUGUGUUUAGCAAUUUUGGUCGUGCGCUUAAUAAUGUGUGUGUGUGUGUGCGUGCAUGAUCUUUUUCAUCAUAUCUGGUAUGAAUUUGUGUUUGUGUGUGUGUAUUUGUGUGGGGAGCCAGGUUGUCACUGGUGCUUGCUCACUUCCAGAGAAUUCUCAGUGUGAUGGAAAUAGUUGAGAUGUGUUCGUGCCGCUCUCCCUCUAGGCUUCACUGACUCUGAUAUGAUCUCACCUGGCAAAUGCACAGAUCCUUCUUAGGAACUUGAUUGGCAAUGAGUGAGAAAGGAUGAACGUUUCCUUUGAACAUAGGGAGGAAAGAGAGCACGGAGGAGUGAGCACGCUAUUUUUCUGUAAUGUCUCCAUCUUUCAGGGUUUGUCAAUUAAAUAUUCAGCUUUUGAUAGUGCUCAGGCAAAGUCCCAUAGAAGUUAUGCAACAACACUUAACUGAUAGGUCAGGCCAAAAGUUAAUUCAAAAUGAGCCAGCACCUUGGCAACAAAGGCAGAAAAAAGCUCCCUUUUGAGGCGGAAACCUCAAGCACAGCCACACUGACUAGGGAGGAUGCUAUUUUUCUAGUAGUGCUCACAUACAUGCCCGGACUUCCUGAUCCAUUCCCUUUUUUAAUUUAAAAAUAAGAGUUUUAAUCUAUGACCGUCUCUCUUAUUUAGUGGUUCCUGCUUUUAUUUUGAAAGGCAGAACUGCCCAGAUGGACCAGCAUCAGGGUGCUGCUGAAAUCAGCAGCGCAAAAACUGAUCAAGUCAGGGCACAGUUUGCUGUUUCAGCUUCUCACACGCAGGGGGGGAAUGUCACAGGAGCAGCUCAAACACACACCAACACCACGCUCAUCGCAUAUGCAGAAAGACCGGGAGACACACUUCUGUAAUUUCUCAUUAGCGCGCAGCUGCUACGGCUUUGCUGGGGUCAAGAGUGUGUGCGAUGUCGGGGCGGGUCAGACUUUAUCAGGGUGUCUGUCAUACAGUUGGGGCUGGAGUGUAAACAUCAGGGACCAAUCAGGACAGGGUGGGGCUCAGUGUGUGUGUGUGAUAGCUGUGUCAGGGAAUUCGUUGAAUCCACAACAUCGUAACGGCCGCUCAGACGAACAAUUUUAACGGUUUUAAGUGAUAACAGAUGGAUUAAGGCAUUAGGGUUUUAAAUCAAAUUCUAUAGGCACGACAUGAUUUAGAGAGUCUGCUUAUCACUGACACAAAAACUCAGUCAGUAUAUUGAAUUUAAAAGAUGUUGUCAAGCUGCAUACCUUCAAAAGCAGGAGUAUUCCCUUUGAAACCAUGACAUUGAUUUGGGUUGCUCUGCCUGCCUCCUUUCUUCUUUUCCAAAGAAAUUCACAGUGCCUCUCACUUCUGUCGGUUGUUUGAUGUUUACUGAAGCAGCAGAGUUUCGGGACAGCCCUUUAUUUUAUUUAUUUUCCCCCUACAGUUUGAAAUUGAUAUGUCCCUGAAGUGUGAAGUGUUCUUUUAUCGAUUCUCUUCCUUCCCUUCUGCUCACAUCUCUGUUUAGAAGAUGAUGCAGUCCCAACAGAGGAGGUAACAACCCUUGAGACCACUGAGCCCACCGCUGAAGCAGACGCACCAACAGACUCAAGUGAAGAUACUGCAGCUGAUGAGGAAACUGAAGAGACGUCUGAGGUAAAGGAAGGGGAAUUCAUUUAACAAUCUCAGUGUUUGUUUGCUGCAGAACCCCUGAAGUCCCGAAAAGUAAACUUCUUGUGAUGUGACAACUAAUAUCAAGGCUGAGAAUUAAGCAUUGGUCAAUAAGGUGUCUCCCCUCUCAUACUAAUGUUGUAAAAAACAUACAAGUAAGUGAUUAACUUGUUUUGAAGCUUGGGUUCCCUCUGAAGACUGAAGGAACUCAAGCUUAACAACUAGCAACAAGCUAGCAGCUGCAGCUACUAAACCAUGUGAUGGUGGAAGGAUUCGAGCUACCCUCCCUCUGCAAAUAUGUGAUUCAUGUUGUGAUUUACUGGUUUUAAUCAACUUGCAACUCUAAAUUUUGAAAUACACAGCUUUCAGGUCUGUAACUGAAAAAUGCUGAUGUUUUGGCUGGCACGACACCGCUCCUCUUUGUCUCUCUGAACCAGCUGCAACAAAUAGCAGCCAUAACACGUAUAUCAUUGCUGUGAAUGCUUCUGGUUUGGAGAAGAGUAAACAGGUUGAUCUUUAGGGUGGGUUUAUAAAUAAUGCAAUUGCAUUAAUGCAUUAACUCGCAUACGCACUGAUACCCAACACUGGGACAGGUAUCGCUGUCUCAACAACUCUGUAGAUUUAGGUGACAUUUGCUGCCUGCGUUGUUGGUAUGGAUGUAAACAGACAAAGAGAAUCAGCUCAAAAAAGCUCAGUUUUGCUUUACUCUUCUUUAGCCAUGUUUUUCACUUUAAGCUCAAACAACUUUUAGCUUUCAUAGUUAGAAAAAACGCUGGAAGACUCUCAGGGCCACAUGAGGUCUGUCAGCGUUUUUAAGGUACCUGCACCUUUGUGUGACCUCAGACUCCUUCAGCUAUCUCAAGUCUGAUAAAAAAUAUAGUUCUCAGUCCUUUGGCAGCCAUUCAAUAACCGGAGUUUAAAAAAAAAUGUUUCUCACAAAGCUUGCAUUUUGGUUUGUAACACAUUCUCGGCUUUAUGUGCCCUGUUUUUAUGCAUCUUUGCCCUUUUACUUAUCUUGUGCCAACUACAGGAAAUAUCGCCAACUGAGGAGGCCGAGUCUGAGACCACUGAAGACCCUGAACCCACCGCUGACUUUGAAACCACUGUUGACCCUGAGCCCACUGCUGAACCCACAGAAUCAACUACUGAGGCUGAAGAAGUGACUCCUGCAGGGGAUGUAGACUCGGCGAUCGCAGACAUAUUGACUACUAUAGUGGCAAUCAUAGAGGAGGAAGCAGCUGCUACAUCAGGUGGUUAAUAGAACUUUGAUGAAGAUGAUAAUGAAAGUGUUCAUUUUUGUGUAAACUGUUUAUCUGAUGCUUUGGUAGUUUUAUAAAUUCUCCACUGCUUUUCUUGAACCUCAGUGUGCCGAUAUUAUUUACUUUGAGAAGCAACAGUGUUUAAUCUUUUAAAUUUAACAGAAGGCCACAAGAUCAGUUCUUAAUUCCCCUGCUCUCACUUAUCACCUUUUCCUUCCUUCAAUUCUUCAGUUAAUCAAACCCUCACAGCCUGUCCCUUUAAGACUUUAGCAACAUGAACGAUAAAAACUCACCACUGAAGGUAGUGAGAUGUUCCCAACACUAAUGCCUGUUCUUCGGUUCCUGUCCAGAGCCUGAAGCUGAAGCAGAGACUGAAGAGCCUGUAAAACCAGAACCUGAAGAAGAAGACAAACCUGCCAAAGCUAAUGCUACCACUGAGGCUCCAAAGGUCAGUAACUGAAAGGAGCCAUAGGACAGCUAUACGUCUGUUAAAUAUUUCUAGAGAUAGACAGGUAAAUUCAAAAAGGGAAUAUAUGCAAAGAUAAUUUUACUGAAAUGGUCUAUGUUAUGGUAUAAUCUUAUUUAAGAAGUUAUUUAAAGCUCUUUUUUACAAAAUUUUACAUUUACAUGAAUUAUUUCUUGUUUGAACUUAAUGUGCAUAUUGAAAAAACAGGACUGUUUCUACAGUGGCUCAGCUGACACCUUCCCCCUCGCAGUGGUUUCAGGCAUUAAAAGUUAGAAUAUAAAGAUUAUUCAUCUUAAGCUAUUAUACACAAAUGGAUGAAUAAAAACAUACAAAAAUAUAUAUUUAUAUGUGCAAAUCUAAAUAUGUCUCAAACUAUUAGGAAUGAAAUUAUAAACAAGAGAUUAAACCUGUAGUUAAAAUUGCUUUUAAUAUUUGUAACAUAAGAAGCUGUUAGUUUUAAACUUUUUCUUUUCAUUUGCUGCACUUAGUACGUCAACAUUUUUUCUCAUCUUUUACUGACUCAUGCUUUUUUAGGUUAGUGUUAUGACUGAAAACCUGUGGUGUAACACAGACUUCUUAUAAGAUCCUCUCUGCUUUGCAUGCCCCUCCUCAGUCUUAUACAGUAUGCUUUAUGUUCUGUUUUUGACAGGGUGGAGCAGAUCCAGAUGCAGAAGACGCCGAGAAAGAAGCAACUGAUCCUGACGUUAUUCCAAGUAAGAGGAGAGCAGUGUGUUUCUUUCUCUCACUCUCUGUAACAUGCACCAAAUGAAAAAAAAAAUGCAGAAAGGAUCACAUUCAUUCAUAAAAGCAAGAGUUAACAUGUAGUUGUGCACACACACACAGAAUUUAACCCGCAUUCAACCCCGAGCACUUACACCUUUGGCAGGAAUUCAUGAAUCGCUGCAUGUUUAGACAUUUUAAAGAGCGGGUACCUCUUUGGUGUGUUUAUUAUUAUCAUAGUACAGUAGUAACACAUCGAGACAGAGCUCUUGAGAAAGUGAAACACAUGUUGAAUCUGUCGAUGAGCUCACCUCUUUGACAUGCGUGUCCUGUACAUGUGGAAACUGUACGAACUUGUUUUUAAAAAUUUGUGCUUGGCGCCUUUCUUCUGGCACAUUCUGUUCAAUUAUCAUGUCAUGUUGUGUUAUGGUAGCAACAGGCUCCUUAAGUCACGAUAAAAACCCUGAAAUUAUGUGAUACCUUUAAAUACAUUAAACCACGCCUCUUUUAUGAGCAGUUAAAUAGUGAAAACAGACUUGUCUUUCAGAAUUAGGCACCAUCUCUGCUUUUUUUAUCAUUUCACAGAUCCCAUUAAGAAGUUGGUGCUGUUUGUAAAUGGUGCUCACAGCCUUGUCUGUUAUUCACACUUGGAUGUUUUUCAUUAACGGCUAAUUUGUUCUUUGUGUUUGCCAACAGUUAAACCAGAUGUGGCUGUACCUGAUGGGAAUGCGGGUAAAAAGGAGUUUUUUUUAUACCGAUUUUUACUCUAUAAAUUAAACCACAUUACUCAGCCUUAGCACACAAACCUCACCCUUUACUGACAAGGUUUUUUUCAGUUAAACAAAUUACCGAGAGGCACCACAAACAAGUGGUUAUCAGUGUGACUCAAGUUCUUUUCUUCCUCAAAGAAAGGCAGUCCAGGAUAACGUGGUCGAAACCUUUAUUUUUUGGUUGCUACAGCAACACUGAAUCAACAGAGGAGCUGACCUGUUUAAUUAAUGCUGUGGAGAGGUGGAAGCUAUAAUGAAAACAACAACUGGGCAUGCUCUGAGCAGAAAUACUGUGGCUUGAAAGUUAUUAAGCUCUGUCAGUCCAAUGCAACUGCUGUUUAUUUAGUUGUAAACUGUAACCUGUAUGUGCAGUAUUCAUAAGAGUAUAAGAGCUCCACUGUGUCACUUCUGAUCACCAUGAAGUAAGUGAUGUAUAACCAGUCGUGAUUCUGAUAAUACACAUCCCACUUUUACAGAUAUCAUAUAUCAUUUUCUGCAACUCCCUAAUUCCUGGACAAACUAAUAGAAAGCAGAUGUUCCCUCUUUUUUAUAAAAGCAUGCAUCUCUGAGGAAGGUUAUGAGGUUGGCUUCCAGCUUAUACAACUUCACCUCCGUUUUAAGAGGAGACAUGGUUGAAGCGAGACGUUUCCUAGAUCAGUGAACAGUGAAGUGGGAUUUGAUCAUAUUUAGAGCCAAACAUUCUCAUGUUUAAUGUUAAUACUGAUGAACCUAAAGCGUCAGCUCAACAUUGAGUAUUUUUUUUUAUACUUUGAAAUGCUGUUGGCUAAGUGUCAGAUGAAGUGAGUUAUUUAACAUACCAGAAAUUCACAAUGAGUGAUUUGUCUGACUGUCAAAAGCAGUGUGACAGUUUUCAUCAGAUAAAGCAACUCACACAAAAGAUACCAUUGAGUUACCUGUAGGGUCUUUAAGACGAGGGGCGGGUAGGGGUUCUUGUUGAUUGUUAGGGAGACCGUGGCGAUGAUAGGUGUGAUUGUGAAAACAAGAAUUUGACUCGAACAUUUUUCCUCACUUAUUUUGCGGAGGACAGUAAGAUUUUUUUUUUUUUUUUUUUACAAUAAUACAUCACUUUUUUUCUUUGAGGGCCUUUGGUAGGCUCUGCUUAGAUGAUACAGGAAAAGAAGUCUCCAGGGAAAUUAGGCUAGGAACCACUGGUCUCAACCGUGGCCUACAUGUUAUUAAUCAAAGUUAAGGUGGAUCUGGGGUGAAACAUAGCUCAAAGUCCACAUUAACUUCUCAGAAUUAACGCAGUCUUUGCAGUGUGAGCACAUCACUCACUUAAAAUGAUUUCAUGUCAGGGCUUUUCUAUGAGAGAACAGGUCACUGGAUAAUUGCUCCUCUGAGGUUCCUCCAACUGUACAAUAAUUCAGCGUUGCUACCUCGCCCUGCCCAGCCUCCAACUGUUCUGUGCUCUGACUCACACAUGUUGUAUAAAGUCACUUGGGUUUUCCCCUAAUGAAUCUAGAUUCAGGGUCAGGUAUUGUUCAGGACAGAUGAUAUCCUUUAAUCUAAGUCACUGCUGGUUCACAGGAUCGUUGUCACACCCUCUGAGCAGGUAGUGUUUCAGGGUCUUCAUCAGGGACGUCUCUGCAGGGUAUUCACUCGGGGACAUGAAGGACUGAAGUAUAGGGAGUGAUUUCAUGAUGGUAGAUAGUAUCUUCAUAUCAAAUAGCUUGGGACGGUGUAGCGUAGACUGCUGGAAAGUUUAAAUGUUUGAGGGGAACAUCUGGAAGAUAUCCCUCUUGGGUGGAACAGUGAAAAGAGAGUUUCUGUACAGGGAUGGAUAUCGUGUUUCUGUCACCAAUGAUAUCGUACUGUUUUCUCAGAUCUGGGAUUCGACUUGAAAGAUGCUCUGGACGAAGGAGCCGCUGCAGUGGAGGACCCAGCACAGCCAGGGAAGAGCCGCAGUCUGGAGCCUGGACGUUAGUUUUUUUUUUUCAUAAUAACACUGACUUUUCUCGCACUUUUGUUACCAGUUACUGCAAAAUUACAAGAGUAUUUUGAGAUGCAGUUUUGGAUCAGCCUUGUUAAACACCAAAAAGAAAAAAAACUGGAUUUCAAUGGAAUCACAGCAUCAGCAGACUAAGGAAUAACAUGAUUCUAGCUCUAACAUUGAUGGCUAAAUACACUGAGUUUCCCAGCCUGGCAACAACUGCACAUGUAAACAGGGAAUUAGGGGGAUGUUUAAAACUGUUAUGUUAGUUACAAAAGCAAGACACAAGUGAAUCAAGCUAAAAUGGGCUAACCUAAGGCCAAUUUGUGCAUUUCAAACUCCUGUCAUUUCUCUCUCUUACAGCUUAGUGUUAACACUGCCUCAACAACAAUAACAUGUCAUCAUGGGACAGUCAGCUUUAUGUACUUUCUGGAGUCAAAAUUACAGUGUUUCACAGCCUCUGAAUGAUUUGUUGCUCAAGGCCCCUCACCUCUGUAAGAAUGCAGUUCUAAUUUAGAGAGCUGUGUUCCCAUGAAACGACUCCAAAUUGACUUGUUUCACCUCCCCAGUUGAGUAAGUUUAAUCGCAGCCACAAAGCAAUUUGACAGCAAUGCUCAAACGUAGAUUUUCCUGCAGCAGCUUCUCUCUUUGGCACUCACUCUUUACUCCCCAUGUGAAAGCCGAUUCAUGUAGGUCGGUAUAAUCAUUAUAAUCUUGUUAAAGACGCUCUUCUGAAGCGCUCUGUGAUUAGUGGCUUUGUCAAGUUGGAGCAGGUAGCCAUGAUGUCACAGGCAAAUUCAGACAGGCAGGAUAAGAUAAUCGGGCUGUUUGCAUAUCGAUCCAGAGGGAGAGAGAGAGAGAGCAGCAUAAUGGAUAUGUGUUUCCAUCUCUGGAUUUAAAAACAUCCCUCUAACUGUUCAAGCAGCACAUUUUACUCUGUGUCAUGUGAGUAAAUGUAUACAGACUGGUUGGGACAGAAACUCUAGACCUGCUAUGCCUCAAAGGUGUAAAGUACCUCAAAGAGAAUAAUCUUGUUCUUCUUCUCUGUCCCUUUUGUCAAAGUGCUUCACAUGCAUCAUUAGCGCAUUAAGACCUGAACUAAAAAUGCCUCCUUUAAUCACGUCUUUCUUUUCUCCCUCUCCAGCAAAAGCUGCUGGUGCCACAGGAGAUGGUAAGACUUUAUUUGUGCUUAUAUGCAAUUUUCAUAAUAAAAGGAAAUAUAAUAACAUCACACCGUUGCUAGUUAAAAUAAUUAAAAUUCAAUUCAGAUAGUGGUAAAGCUUUGCAGCUGCGGCAGGAAUUGAGUUUAAUCAGGAUAUUACUGGCAGGGUCUUGACAAAAAACAGGAUACAUUAGUCAACAGGAAAUGCUCUUCCUCAUUGUUUAAGUUAAAACAGUGUUUCAAAGUAACUUUUUGAACAGUAUUUACAAUGAAUUCUCACGUGUAGUCAUGCUGCAUCUAUUUAAAGUGCCUGCUCCUAAAGCACCUCCACAAUGACAGUGACAAACUUCCGCUCCCAAUUCUCCAGCUGGAAAACAGAUUGAACAAAGUGUCAGAUGCAUGUUUGCGCCUGUUCAAAUAAACGUCUGCACGAGUCACAUUCAGUCAGUAACUCUUCUAGUUUUAAUAUUCAAAUCACUUGUCAGUCCCACGGCCAUUCCACAGAUGUUUCCACUUUUACUUCAAGGCAUGACUGUUAAAUCAGUUUGUAGGUGCUUCAGUUUCAUGUUACUAACUGUAUCUGUGUCCUCUGUUCUUUACAGUAGACAAACCUGAUGCUGAAGGUGAGUUUUCCUGCUCUUUUUUCUUGUUUUGAAUACAUUAAGCCACCUCCCUAUACCUUGCUCCAAACACACCUGCAACAUAAGCACUCCCCUAUUUUCUUGUGACAUGCAAAGCGACAGGUGUGCUGUCGCUGCAACUGCUGCACGGCAUUCUCAAAGUGUUUUUGACCCUUUGUGAAACUAAGUCGUAUUUCACAGUUUUUUUGAAAGUGACAGGUCAAAGUAAAGGCGGACCUGUGCAUGAUGUGUUGAGUUUAAUCUACUGAGUCAAAGUACUUCCACCACUUCUGAAGUGUUCACUUUAAACUGCAUUCAAACUGAAUCCUGCUGGUUGAAGAUAUGAAAAAAAAGCUUUAAAACAUUGUCCUCCCUGUACCUUGGUGCAUUAAACUCAUGGCUCAUUAUGCUUUUUUGAUGUUACUGAAAGUCUCAAAUCAAUCUUGACAUUUCGACAGUCUGCUGUUGCAGUUUUCCCCCUGACCUCUGACCCCCAGCCAUGUUGCAAACAGUCAGGUGAUAGGGGCUGUGGCUGCUGACCUCAAACGGUUCCCAUAGUUUUUGUUUCCAUAGUUCCAAACUGAUACUUUUCUGUCGGUUUAUUUAAGACCAGACAAACUGGUGUGUCCACGUUGGCUGCUUUGCAUGUGUAUAACAUACAUGUUCUUACCUGUCUGCACCGACAUUUACUUCCUUUAUCUGACUCACAUCUUCCCGUUUCAAUUCAAUUAAUCUCAAUGACUCACUCACUUUUUUUUUUAACUAACCCUGACUCACAUGUGCCCUCUGACUCAUGGCGCUCCUAUGUUUUUCACUGCUUUCAUCUUUGUUCAUACCUGAAUUUAUUGUACCAUGUUGUUCUCCCAUGUACUUUACGUUGCUGACUCAUACAUUCAACCCUAAAAUCAUGUCUCUCCAUUAUCACUUCAGAAUAUCCUGUUGUUAUUACUGUGUGUUGACUGAAGCCUCUGCAGGGGCCAUAAAGGGCUUUUUCUCUAAGACAAAUGCAACAGAGACUCAAAGUACUAAACACAACUUUUGGUUGAUCUAACACUUUAAAAUCAGCUCUUUUUUUCUUUUAGUUUUGGCUCAGUUGUAAAUUUAAGUCACAUUAAGUCAGCAAAGUUCUUCUCAUUUGGAAACAAGUUAGAGAGUUUUGCUCUCAAGAUGUAGAGCAGACAUUAAAAAUACCUCUAUUUUUCCUCUAGACAAACCUUGAAUAAUCCACUUUAAUAUCCACAUGAUUUCUCAUUUACGCUUUUUUGUUGAAAACCAAUUUAUUUGGAUGAAUCAAAUAUGAUCAAAUCCUGAAAUUAGGUGGUCAAAUAAACAUUCUGUAACUGAGUAAAUUCAGCUAACCCAGUCUUGGAUCUUCUCCGAAUAAAACAUUGAGUUUGGGUUUCUUUAAACUUUUGAUUAUGAUCCAGAUGACUUUGAUUCAUUUGGAAUUGGUGUUUAAAUUUUACUCUUAAAGCUACUGUGAGGAAUUUGUUGAUAUUUAUAAAAUACACUUUAAUUAUUCUUUUUGCCAUUUUAUGAUAUCUAAUGGCAAACAGGAACAUCAGCAACAGGGUUAAUGGGUUUUUUUAUGCCAACUUUAAAGCCUAAAAUGGUGCAAGAGUAAAGGCAUCAAUCAAGCAGCUGAUGAAAGAGCCCCAUUUUCAAAACUUACACAAAACAUUUAUGAUUUGUAGUCCCCUUGACUGUCAAGAGUCAGCAGUAUAAGAUUUUUCUUUUUGGAGGCCGGUAUUUAAGCACAGAGGGGACAAGAUAAGCUUUGUCCACAGGGGGGGAGCCAAAACGUACACAAACCAAAACUUCCCAACAGGGCCUUUAAGGAAAUAGAUUCUCUAUGACCACCAUCUGAGGGGUAGAAACAGAAUGUUGCAUAACUUUUGAAUCGGUCAAUACAUUUUUUCCAAUAGUUUUGAUGAUUUGACCCUUUUAGCAUAGAUUUUGGGUAUGAAAGCUUUAUGCUGUAUGGACAAUCAAAUAAUAUCUGGGAAUGGGAAACAGAAAAUUUCCAGCUGUUAUUACAGUUGUCUUUGUGAAUCAGUUUGACCUGAUCCUGAUUUACUUAAAGAAAUAAGGGAAAAGUGUUCAGGAUUAUUCUAUCUUAUGUUUUAAAUAAAAUGUUGGUUUCCAAAUUCAUAGUAUCUACAUCUUUUGAACAUCUUGUCUAGGCAUGUGAGGUCUUUAUUUAAGCAGGUAAAAAAAUGGUCUAGCAAAGAAGAAAAGCUGUUAGAAAUAAUUGUAUUUUAAUCUAAUUAAACAUGUUAACUAUUGAAUUAUCUGAACAAACUGCUUUAUGGCAUGAAUAACACCAAUUUACUGACAAUCAAGCAGAUUUUCAUGAUGUUUGUUUGAGCAUUAUCUCUCUAUGCAACAUGAUACAGGUGUGCUAUUCUGUGGUUUUCCUAUAACAUUAUUAUUUCAUCAGUAUUCAUGACUAAUCAUGGCGUGAUAGGCUGUAUGUGCGCUUCUGUUUUCUGAGUCUUUGACUGUGCUGUCUGAUAUGACACAGCGUGAAAACUAUGCAGAUUCAUGUUGUCAUAGUAACAGGGUUACAGGUGCAGACAGAUAUAUGCUGUCACUGAGAGCUUUUUCUGGACUAAAUUAUAGGAUAGGCAAGAGGAAGAGGAUCAGUAAAUACUCGAGCAAGAUGAUGCAUGGCUCUCUCUGUGUUUCUCUUCCUCUAACACACAAACACACAUACACUUACAUCCGUAAUGUCAUGCCACUGAGCCUCGCUGCUGAGCUGCUAUUCAUUAUAUCAACUGCAAAAUGGCACCCAGUGGUGAGACUUAACAUCACAGUCUCAGUGAGUUGGUCUCACACUGACAAAUAUCCCUCACAGCAGAGUCAAGUUUGUGGAAUAUAACGUGUCUGAAAUAAAUGUUCAAAGCUGUAAUGGUGAAGAUAUAAUACUGACUAAUACAAACCUGACUGUGGUUGACUCACAGGUGUCAGUGACCUUUGAUAUGUGUUUAUUCCCCACAGAGUCUGGCUCCAGCUCUUUAGCAGGCAUCCUGAGUGCAGUUGUAAUUGCUGCAGUGGGAGGAGUUGCAGCAUACAUCACCUACCAGAAGAAGAUGCUUUGCUUCAAAAACAGACAGGGUGAGUAUCUUUAUGACUUAUUGACUCAGUUUGUUCAGUGAUAAAUCGCUCACCUCAUUUACAGAGGCUUUAGUCCUCUGAGCGGGCAGGCUGGGUUUGAUCACCGACCCUUUGACUCCUCUGUCCCAUCCUCAGAACAAUGGCCUGAAAAACACAGAAACACAAAAAUAUAAAAACUGUAUAAAUUUCUAUCAAUAAUACUCGACAUGAGCACACACUUUCCUCAAAAUCCUUAUCAUGCCGUCCACCCUGAAGUCUGUCCUGGUUAGUUGCAGCCAGCCGUAUGUUGUCACCUGGAGAACUUUUGUUCGUUUUUUUGGAAUUCCACAUCUGCUUCAUAUCUCAGUGCUGAGCUCGGUGCUGCCGAGGGAUUCAUGUAAAAACUGACUUUAUGGUCUGUGUUGCAACAAGCUUCCUUCCCAAGGUUGUCAUAGCAUUGAAGACUCUAAUUUGAACUGAGCUUUCACCAUUUUAGGUAACACUUAGUUGUAAAUAUCUAUUUGUUUAUUGCUUUGUUUUGGAGGUCAGCGGUCUCCCUUUGACUCAAAGCAAACUGAGCUUUUCUCUGUAGGAGGUAUUUUUAAUUACAGUCAACGCAAGCACACACACACACACACACACACCCUGUAGACCAAUACCACUAAUUCAGCAUAUUUUUCAUUUACAGUCAACAUCAACAAAAGGCCACUCAGCUUUGGCAAUGUGGGACAAAAGUCAGGUUCAGCUUAAGGUUUAUACAGCAAAUAUUUGUAGAGAGAGCGAGAGCAUUUUUAACAAGUAAAAUAUGUUUAAUAAACGCAGCUUUCAAAAAUGAAAUGACUUCCACUAGUUUCAAAGACAGCUGAGUUAGUAUUCAUGAAUCUGAACAAGUGAUUAUACUGACAGCCACACACUGCUCUAUGGAUGCUGAAUAGGAGGGCCUGAAAGCUCAGAAACUUGUAUUUUUGAGGUUUGAUACCAGAAAGACGUCUGACACCUUUUCAUGGCGGUGAUAAUGAGCAAUUAGAGCUGAGAAUUAUUAGCGUUAACAGAAGAUCCCCCAGGGUGCUAUCACUGUCAUGCUUAAUGAUGUCACACUUUUUAAUUUAUGCUCAGUUAAUUUAAUGCUUGUGAAAUCCAGAAACUGACAUGACUGCUCCUUUUUUUUCCUCUUUUUCCACUUUUGCAUCCGUAUGACUUUGUCGACGGUUGACCAGAAGCAGAUCCAGAAGCUGCACGCAAAGCUGAUGCAGCCGAGGCUCAGUCAGAUCCCCAGGGUAAGGCGCAGAAACACACUAAAAGCAUUUUUAAACAAAAAUCAAACACAUUCAGUGCUGUGCAGUGUUUUGACCUUUACAUUGUGUUUAUUCUCCUCUCUGUAGUACUUAGCAACCUGCUGAACUCCUCCUAGACCAGCAACGAUCACAUGACCGCCUGGAACAACCGAUGGCUAGCAGAGUGGCAAUCUCACUGUUCAGCUCUAUUGUGUGUGGAGCUAAAUUACUGUGAGGCCCCACAGUAGGGCUGUGUGUGCGUGUGUGUGUGUGUGUGUGCGUGUGUGUGUGUUCCUGUCUGUUUUUAAUGUGUGUGCAUGUGUGCCUGAAUGAAUGUGCUUGAGAACAAACAUAUGUGUGUUCUUUUUUGUGUGUUUGAAAAAAUGUAGGGAAAAAUAAGCAAAAGAAAGUAGAAAUAUGUGAAACUAAGGAAUUUAAUGAUAAUAAAAACGUAGAAUUUAUUAGAAGAAUUGGUCAAACUUUCUACUUUAAACCAAAUCCCGUUUGUUUUUUUUUAUUUUAAAGGGAACAUUAAAGAGAUUAAAUCUCAAAUUAAGUAUGACCAUAAGAUGGCUAAAUUAUAGAACUAUCUUUUUUAUUUUAUUCGUAUGGCUACUAUAGAUUUCUAGUAAUUGAGUGUGAAUAUAAACCAGUGACAGAUACUUUGUAAUGAAACCUUACAGUGACUUUUUUUUUUCUUUUCUGCUCAUUCUGUCAUCGUUUGAGCCAUCCAAUUUGAUUUGAAAAAAAACCUCCUGGAAACCAAGAGCUUAAGUGAAACACAUGUUAAAGUUGUUUUUCUCUUUUUCAUUGUAACUGUCUGCAGCACAAACGCAGGGUAAAUGGAAAACAGGGGGCUUCAAUAAUUACCACUGUCUCUCCUGGAUUCUUGGAAAAAUAGUUUAGGUUAUAAUCCCAGGAUUACGGGGAUGCAGUUACAUGGUCCAAUGCGUUUUAUCGGUGGGCCACUGAUGUCACUGUACGUGCGUGUGUUCUUGUGUGUAUCCUUUUUAAUUGGUGAAGGGGCUUAGUUUGAAAUCCUGUUUGGCGACCAACGCUUCUCCUCAGUCAGUACAUUCAAUGGAGAACGGUGAAAUUUGUAAUAAUUUAAAACUCAAAUCCUGUUAAAACAAACUGAAAAACCCACUUUUUAAAGAGGAAAAACUCUCCCGUUAAGAAACAGAGACCUAGACUACAGUAUGUAAAAUGUACCGAGUUGAGUCGAAGUGUAGUCCAGCUGUUUUUGAAUGUCUACCCGUCAUGGACAAGCUCCAAAAGAGAUCAUGUAAUAAUGUAAUAGACAAUGUUCUGAUGUAGUGUGUGUCAGUCUAGUUGUGAUGCAGUACUUUCUCCUCUCUAGUGCCUUUCACUGACACAGCCUGGCUUGAGCAAUCGACAGACACAGAGAGAGCUGGGACAAUGAAAGUGAAACAGGCAAAAUAGUAGAUGAAUGUAAAUCGAAACAUUAUAGCCAGAAAUUUGAGGAAUGUAUGAUUUCAGUGCAUUCAUAGAUAAUCAUGUUGGUGGUUGAAAAGCCUCACCUUGAACUGCUCAUGUAUGUGAAACUGUUACAUGAAUGUGACAGCUGCUGUAUAUGUGUUCACAGUGGGCCAGUGUGCUGUUUUGUUUUUAGUCCUUUUAUAUCAACCAAUAAUGCAUUCCAACCUCUGAGCAGGCUCCGUCAUUUCAGCGCUAAAUCCUUUCCUUAUUGUGUGUCUCUUUAUUUGAACAAGCCAGUUGCUGUCUUAGUCUGUUUUGAUCGUUCAUAUUUCAUCCUCCUGUGACUUUUUUAUAGCAAUUUUACAUUUAGCAGUGGUGCCUCAGAGCUGACACGAAUAGUCUUGAGUUAACUUGUUUGCUGUGGUAUUUUGUGAAUAUAUUUGUGAAAUGCCUCAGAAGCAGCGCUACUGCAUUUUAGAAUAAUAAAAAAAAAGAACCCAGCAUUUUAGUUUUGUUUUCUGCAGCUGCGGCACAAAUAAUGUAAACUUCUGAAUGUCUUUUUGUUGCCUUGCAGUUUUGUACUUGCUCUGCUCCCUUUAAACUUUCAAAUAGGGUUAUAGGGUGUUGCAUACAGUAGUGCUGCAGUUCAUGUAAAGUGUGUUACUUGUAAAAGCACCAUAUAGCUGCAAUACAGGACAGAGACUGUUGCUAACAGCCUAGCCUCAAGCUGAAAAAUAUUAAUAGUCUGUGAUGUCACAUAUCGACUAAUUCUACUGUAUAAACUGUGGGCUGGCAGCCAGAUCGAAGCGCUGCCUUCUUUUCCUCUUAUCUGUGAUAGACUGAGUCAUUCUCGAUUCAUCGGGACCAAGUGGAAAGUGUGUUUGAAUUAUCUUGCAACAAUGGCAUGGAGUUUUAAUGCACAAUUUACCCAUUAAAUAACAGUACAAGCUUUCUGGACAGAGCCAAUGCUGCCUUCAAAACACACAAUCCUUCAAAAUAAAAGCACUCUGCUGUCCUGCAGUGCACAUUCAGAAACCUAACUGGGACUGAUUUGAUGUGAAGCAGACUGAAACAAAAACCUUAGAAAAAUGGAUUAAGGACUACUUUUGUGUAGUGCAUUAUGGUCCCAUAAAGUCAGAUUCCUUGUGAACACAAAUAGUUGGAGCAAUGCAUCCAAACCAGAAUGUAAAACAAGGAAAUUGAAGACUUUCUAGGUCCUGAAGUGUGCUUUUUAGAUAAUGCUUCAGCAACAAUAAUCGCGCUUAACCAGUCCUGCCUUACUACAGAAAGGUAAAGAACAAUGGAAACAAGCAUUAAUCAAGCAGGUGACUUUAAUAACACAAUCUCCACGGGAGGAGCACUUUCCUAUCCUGUAUACAUCUUGAUUCAUUUAACAUAUUUAGACAACUCAUGUUUGAUUUAGACUAGUGAUUCUUACACUUUAUUUAAAUGUUCUGUGUUUUGUGUCUUCUUCAUUUUUUUGUCAUCUGGCACUUGUGUUGUUCUUCUGGAAUUGUGUAAAUAAUGUUCAAGGAGUCAAUUAAACAGUUUCUGUGGGA